AUGGUGAAAGUGUCAAUGAUUGGUGUUAGCUUUGAGGACAAUCAUGUUGCAACCGGAUUUGGAAACCACCUCGCUAGGCCGAUUCUUCGCGAUGAGUGGCAUGCGGACAUGAGCUUUGAAGAUGGUGUCAAGCUCCUUGAGAAAUGUAUGCGUGUGCUUCUUUACCGCGACAGAUCUGCUAUUAACAAGCUUCAGAUAGCAAAGAUCACCGAAGAAGGCGUGACGGUCUCUCAGCCAUACUCAUUGAAGACGUUUUGGGAAUUCAAGGCGUUCAAUAACCCUACUGCUGGUGCUGAAGGCUCCUGGUAA